AUGGAGAACGCAAAUCUGUGGACUCGGAGAUCGAACAGGCUUUCUUUGUCAACUACGGAUACUCGAGACAUACACGGAAAGUCCGAGCCUCAGAGAGGCUCGUCCAAGCGGUUUGGCGGUGACGGCCGGUCGAAUCCCUUCAACGCAAUUUCUCCUCUAUCCACAACCGUCUCAUCACCGUCCACAAACGCUUCUUCUGCCUUUGGGCUCGGCUCCGGGGCAUUCGCCUCCUUUGGUUCCGCAGCAAAAACCCCCAAAACGCCGGGUGCCUUUGACUUCGCCUCUUCAAAACCCCGACCCCCAAAAACAGAAGGCGAACAUGGUGGAACCGGACCUAAGAGCGUCAAAUCUAAAGGCUCAUCGUCUUCUCUCAACAGUUCUCAUACUAGUGGGCCCAAAGAGCAUUCCAUAAAGUCAACAUGGGUUGUCUGGUACCGCCCUCCUACACCGAAAUAUUCCGAUUAUGAAAAAUCUACAAUAGCCUUGGCAUCUAUAUCAUCCGUCGAAAGUUUUUGGACAGUGUACUCACAUUUGAAGCGACCUUCUCUGUUACCUACCGUUUCCGAUUAUCACAUUUUUAAGAAGGGCAUUCGCCCAGUUUGGGAAGAUCAAGCAAACAAAAAGGGCGGGAAAUGGAUUGUUCGGUUGAAAAAGGGAGUGGCCGAUCGUUAUUGGGAAGAUCUUUUGCUAGCUAUGAUAGGCGACCAGUUUGCUGAAGCGAGCGACGAGGUCUGCGGGGCAGUUCUUAGCGUUCGUAGCGGCGAGGAUGUCUUGAGCGUGUGGACAAAGAUUGAUGGGGGGCGUAAUAUUAAGAUCAGAGAGACAAUUAAGCGGUUAUUGAAUUUCCCAUCGGAUACCAACAUUGUGUGGAAAAGCCAUGAUGAUAGCAUAGCACAAAGGACCGCCAUUGACCAGGCUCGGCAAGACAAGGCUACCGGGAACCAGGGUACCGACCGUCGACGUGGUACUCACACUGACGAUUCUACAACCGAAAAGGGCAAAGGCGCUGCAUCUUGA